AUGGCAAAGUUUGCUUCCAUCAUCAUUACCCUUCUCUUCGCUGUUCUUGUUUCCUUUGCUGCUCUUGAAACACUAACAGUGGUGGAAGCGCAGAAGUUGUGCUAUAAGCCAAGUAAGACAUGGACAGGAGGAGUGUGUAGAGACCGUAUAGCGUGCAAGAAUCAGUGCGUUAACUUUGAGGGAGCACGAUAUGGAUCUUGCACCUUUGAAUUUCCACAUAACAAGUGUCGCUGUUACUUCCAAUGUUAA